AUGAUCACAGGAGGCAUAUGGUACACAUUGCUAUGCAUCUCCCUAAAUCAAGUGGUCGCUGUUGGCGGUUCCAAUUUGAUGGAUGAAGAGGACAUACGGAAUCUCACUCCGGAGAUCAAGGCACAGCGUGUCAAGGGGAGCAAAUGGGUGUUUGUUUCAGAACAUGCGUUCGUGAUGACUAUUUGGACGUUGAAAGCAUGCAUGAUCAUAUUAUACCGCCGCAUCAUGGACGGAUUAAGCCAACAGCGCCUUGUGAAAUAUCUCACCAUCUGGGUUUUCCUGGGAUUCGUUGGUUCAGAGCUGGCUCUCUUCUUAAUAUGCCGACCUCUACCGAACUAUUGGGCUGUUCCCACACCAGACUAUCAAUGCUCGUCCUACCAAUACUAUGAGAUCAUUCAGGGUGUUCUCGCGAUUUCAUCCGACAUUCUCAUGCUGCUCAUCGCUAUUCCACUCCUGAUGGCUGUGCGGCUACCCCAAAAACAGAAAUUGAUCCUAGUUUUCAUUUUUGGCCUGGGUAUUUUCAUCAUCAUUGCGGCGGUCUUGACAAAGGUAUACUGUCUGGUACCAUCCCUGAUCUCCUAUGUGUACCUGAACUGGUACUUUAGAGAAGCGACCGUCGCAAUGCUUGUCACUUGUCUCCCCAUGACAUGGUCAUUGUUAAGGGACAUAUUCCCCGCUCUUAAGAGCUGGACAGGCGGAUCGCGACAAUAUGGAACAGGAAAAGGAACAUCGGGACGCAGAACAGGGUCUCGUCCCCCUUUCCAGUCGACCAAGGACCACAUGCAAUUGAACUCCUUCAGCCGGGGCCACUUAUCCCACGGGAACACCACUGAAAGUGAAAUAGCGUACGAAUCCAGCCAUGGACUCCCACAUGGCCAUGACACCAAGUAUCAAGAUGACGCUGAGCCCUUGAAAUCAAUACAUGUCCGCCAGGAUGUUACCGUGACGGUACAAGAUGAGCGGGACAGCGAUGAGACACUUUCGAGCAGUUAUCCCAGACAUCAACGUAAGGCAGCAGGCUGGGAUCUGGCGUGA